CCUCUGCACGCCCUCUGCGGGGCCUGGGCUGGGAGGGCAGGGCGGGCUCAGGGACCUCCGCCCGCACCUGUUUCGGGGCUGAUGGAAACAGCAGAACUUGGGAACCCAGGGAGCAGGAGGUCUGAGGAGGUCCGCUCCUCCCACCCCUCCCUGGCGGGGCUCACCUGGGCACUGCGGCCGCUCUAGGAUGACGCUGUGAGGACCCCUGCUUGCUGACCAUGAGGGAGACAGACCGGGAGGCUGUGGCAACAGCCGUGCAGAGGGUUGCUGGGAUGCUCCAGCGCCCUGACCAGCUGGACAAAGUGGAACAGUAUCGCAGAAGGGAGGCUCGGAAGAAGGCUUCUGUGGAGGCCAGACUGAAGGCCGCCAUCCAGUCGCAGCUGGACGGGGUGCGCACGGGCCUGAGCCAGCUGCACAGUGCACUGAGUGACGUCGGGGACAUCCAGCAGUCACUGGCUGCUGUCAGCAGGGACUGGAGGCAGAGUAUCAGUGCCGUCGAGAGCCUCCGGGAUGUGAGGGACGCCGUGGCUCAGCACAGCCAACUCGCCGCCGCCGUGGAGAACCUCAAGAACAUCUUUUCCGUGCCCGAGAUCGUGAGGGAGACGCAGGACCUCAUUGAACAGGGGGCACUCUUGCAAGCCCACCGGAAGCUGAUGGACCUGGAGUGCUCCCGGGACGGGCUGAUGUAUGAGCAGUACCGCAUGGACAGCGGGAACACCCGCGACAUGGCCCUCAUCCACGGCUACUUUGGCAGCACCCAGGGCCUUUCCGACGAGCUGGCCAAGCAGCUGUGGAUGGUGCUGCAGAGGUCGCUGGUCACCGUCCGCCGUGACCCCACCUUGUUGGUCUCAGUUGUCAGGAUUAUUGAAAGGGAAGAAAAAAUUGACAGACGUAUUCUUGAUCGGAAAAAGCAAACUGGCUUUGUCCCACCUGGGAGGCCCAAAAACUGGAAAGAAAAAAUGUUUGCCAUCUUAGACAGAACUGUGACCACCAGAAUCGAAGGCACGCAGGCAGACACCAGGGAGUCCGACAAGAUGUGGCUGGUCCGCCACCUCGAGAUUAUAAGGAAGUACGUCCUGGAUGACCUCAUCAUCGCCAAAAACCUGAUGGCCCAGUGCUUCCCUCCCCACUAUGAGAUCUUCACCAACCUGUUGCACAUGUACUGCCAAGCCCUGCGCACACGCAUGCAGGACCUCGCGGCGGAAGACCUGGAGGCCAACGAGAUCGUGAGCCUCCUGACGUGGGUCCUCAACACCUAUACGAGUACGGAGAUGAUGGGGAACGUGGAGCUGGCCCCAGAAGUGGAUGCCGACACCCUGGAACCGUUACUGUCUGCAGACGUGGUCUCCGAGCUGCUCCACAAGUACAUGGUGACACUCACCUCGAACAUCAUUGCCUGGCUGCGGAAAGCUCUAGAAACAGACAAGAAAGACUGGAUCAGAGAGACCGAGCCCGAGGCUGACCAGGACGGGUACUACCAAACCACGCUGCCCGCCAUCGUCUCCCAGAUGUUUGAACAGAAUCUUCAAGUCGCAGCCCAGAUAAGUGAAGACCUGAAAACAAAGGUGCUGGUUUUGUGUCUGCAGCAAAUGAAUUCUUUCCUGAGUAGGUACCGGGACGAGGCCCGGCUGUAUGCGGAGGAGCACCUGAGGAACCGACAGCACCCGCAGUGCUAUGUGCAGUACGUGAUCGCCGUCAUCAACAACUGCCAGACUUUCAAAGAAUCUGUAGUCAGUUUAAAGAGGAAGUAUUUGAAAAAUGAAGUGGAGGAGGGUGUGUCACUAAGCCAGCCAAACAUGGAUGGGGUUUUAGACACCAUUGCGAAGGAGGGCUGCAGUAACCUGCUGGAGGAGGUCUUCCUGGAUCUGGAGCAACACCUGAAUGAGCUCAUGACCAAGAAGUGGCUCUUGGGAUCCAACGCCGUGGACAUCAUCUGUGUCACCGUGGAAGACUACUUCAAUGAUUUUGCCAAGAUCAAAAGGCCAUAUAAAAAGAGGAUGAUCGCCGAGGCACACCGGCGUGUGGUGGUGGAGUACCUGCGGGCCGUCAUGCAGAAGCGCAUCUCCUUCCGAAGUGCCGAGGAGCGCAAGGAGGGUGCCGAGAAGAUGGUCAGGGAGGCCGAGCAGCUCCGCUUCCUGUUCCGGAAGCUGGCAUCCGGGUCUGGCGAAGACGUGGAUGGGUACUGUGACACGAUCGAUGCCGUGGCAGAAGUCAUCAAGCUGACGGACCCGUCCCUGCUCUACCUGGAAGUCUCGACCCUGGUCAGCAAAUACCCAGACAUCAGGGACGACCACAUCGGCGCGCUGCUGGCCGUGCGGGGUGAUGCCAGCCGGGACAUGAAGCAGACCAUCAUCGAGACGCUGGAGCAGGGCCCGGCCCAGGCGAGCCCCGACUACGUGCCCCUGUUCAAGGACAUCCUGGUGCCAAGUCUGAACGUGGCGAAGCUGCUCAAGUAGCCCAAGGGCGCGCCCCGCGGCCUCACUCACACUGGGCGUACUUCGUGGCCUUGCGCCUUCCCUCACCGCGGUGUACCCCGCGACCUCAUGCCCACACUCAUGCCUAUUAAAGCAGAGGCCUGACCAGGGUCUGUGUCCAUGGCUUCAGUCCCA